UGAUUUGGUCAAGGCCGCUUGCAAUGAACCUAUCUAAUAAUUGCUUUAAUAAUAAGUCUUUGUUUACUCGCGACAGUCGUGAUUGUACACAAAUUAACAAUGAGAAAGAUCAUACCAGUAUUCUCCAGGAAACUAUCUCAUGUUUGCUCCUUAAAGCCUUAUAAAGAGACGAAAUGGAUGAUGCCGAAUGGGAAUCCUAUCGGGGCGUACGUGUACAACUGUGUGGCUGAUCAGAAAGUGCCUGUGAUCCUCAACGACCCUAACAUCGCAACGUGGUACUCCUGCGGACCCACCGUCUACGACUCCGCCCAUCUAGGCCACGCAAGUUGCUAUGUUAAAAUUGAUAUUCUACAGAGAAUACUUAAAGAAUUCUUAAAAAUUAAACUCGUCACUGCCAUGGGUGUCACGGAUAUCGACGAUAAAAUAAUUAAUAAGGCCAAAGAGACUAAUUCGGACUUCAGGAUUGUAGCGAAACAAUACGAGCAUGAGUUCUGGCUGGAUAUGGCCAGUUUGAAUGUCGAAAAACCACUCAUAGUUGCGAGGGUCUCAGACCAUGUCAACUCCAUUGAAACUUUCAUUCACAAAAUCAUUGAAUCUGGAAUGGCUUAUGUUACUAAAGAUGGUUCAGUGUAUUUUGACACUGAGAAAUACAAUGCUUACGGUAAGUUGCAGAAAAUGCAAGAUGCAGGUGAACCAGCAGAUCAGUACAAAAGGAACAAGAUGGACUUUGCUCUGUGGAAAGCUCACAAGCCUGGGGAGCCAUCUUGGAAGGCCUCAUGGGGUGAAGGGAGGCCCGGCUGGCAUAUAGAGUGCUCGGCCAUGGUGAGCAAGUUCUUUGGGUCCCAAUUAGACUUUCAUGCUGGAGGAAUUGACUUGCAGUUCCCUCAUCAUGAGAAUGAGGAGGCCCAGUCCUGCUCCUUCCACAACACCAAGCAAUGGGCCAACUACUGGAUACACAUAGGUCAUUUGCAACUGAAAGGUGACAAUAAAAUGUCUAAAUCCUUGAAGAAUACCAUCAGCAUACCACAGAUGCUGUCUCAACACAGUGCCGACACAUUCAGGAUGGCUUGCCUUAUGUCCAACUAUAGAUAUCCAAUGGAAUACAGUGAUGAGUUGAUGAAAACUGCUGAAAGUGUACUAAAUAAAUUCAAAUUCUUCCUCAAAGAUGCAUACAACUAUGUCAAUAACAAUGCAACAGAAAAUGGUGACUAUAAAUAUCAAAUACUUGAUAGCUUGCAAAGUGUUGAAGAAUUAAAUCUAGAAGUUCUGCGAUCAGAUUUUGAUACCGCCAGCUGUAUUAAUAACUUACUAAACUUAGUUAUAAAGACAAAUAGAGUGAUGAAACUUGAGAAUUCAGAGUUUUAUCCAAUUCCAGUUUUACUGAUAGCAGAGUAUAUCACUAAUGUUUUGACAAAAUUUGGGCUCAAAUUACAGGAUAGCUCGGAGAAUGGAGUACCAAACAAUCUCAUAGACACCCUGGUAGAGUUCAGACACACUGUGAGACUAAAUGCAUUGAACAGAAAAGACAAAGAGUUGCUGAAUGCCUGUGACAUUGUCAGAGAUAAAAUGAAGGCAAUAAAAGUACAAAUUAAUGACAGUGAAAAAACACCUUCCUGGGUAUUGAAAUAAUAGUUAUUUGUACAACAAGAGA